AUGACCUCCUGGAAGUGCACGUGCGGGCAGAUGUGCCGUGUAACGGCAGAAUACUGCCAAAAAUGUGGCACCCACUGGAAGCGUGCCUGUGGGUCCCACUACACCAGAACGGAACCGGAGAACGCCAGGCCAUGGAGAGCCCCGUCCCCUCGGCGACCGAAAUCCCCCCGGCAGCGUGGACAGGGCAACAAGCCCAAAGGCCCGGGCCCUGCCGGGAAAGGCGACUCCAAGGGCAAGCAGGCUGGACAAGUCCCAGCGCCUCCUCCCGCUGCUCCAAGAAUGGAACAGCUCCCAGUGCCACCGAGUAUGACGACACCGACUGGGCCCAAGAAGGGAGCAAGCGAUGGCGCGGCGAUCAGUGCAGAGCGGGCGCAGUUGGAUGCCCUUGUGGCGUCCCUUUCCGGGUCUGUUGCUUCGCUUCCAGAGUCGACUCAGGUGCUCCUUUCAGAGCUCCAGCAGAACUCGACGCAGCACACGGCGAGAACCCUGCACAGGGCCGUGACCGAUCAGUCGCGGGCCCGACAAGAGUUGGGCAAACUCAGGUCAGCCCGCAUUGCUUACUUGCAGGCAUGGCAAGAGUAUGUCAAACAAGUGUCCGACCUCCUUGCCCAGCAGAUAUCGGACCAAGGCAAGGCCCUCGACAACUUCAACCAGACAGAGUUGGAAUGGUUGGCUGCAGAACAACAGGCCACCCAGUCGCUAUCGCGGUUGACAGCGGCGGAUGGCAACACAGAUGCGGCGGACCAGAACAUGCUGGACUCCGAAGAUCUAGUAUCGGCGCAAGCCGAAGCAGAAGCACGGAUGGCAACGGAAAAACAACAACAGCAGCUAUCGGUCCAGCAGAUGCAGACCGCUUUGCAGACGGCCAUGGCCCAGGCCAGUCAACAACUCAGCGUGCACAAGAGAGAAGGCUCUCGCACGCCAAGACGAAAGGGCGAACCUAUCGAAGUCGAGGAGCAAGAAGAUGCAGACAAAAACAAACCAGGAACGGCGGCUACGCCCUUCAAGCUUGGGCCCAAUGCCUCGCAGCAGCAGCCUACGACCUAUCACAUGUCGGUGGACGGCCCUGAACAUGCAUUACGAAGUUUGCUGCCAGGAGAGCUUGCCACAGCACCUGCACAGCACUAUGACCUUCUGGCGAGACAAACGGUCAAGGUUUUCCAGGUCGGCUCCAGGCUCACCGCGGAUCUUCCUCGACCACCUCUCCACGCGAAGGGCGGUACCCUGUCGGACCCUAGCGUGCACCUCCGGCCGCCACCAGGCCUCCUGCCGCAUCGACCAUCCUGUCAGCUUGGUUUCAAGGACGGUUCCUGUCGAGCCUUGGCCACAGCCACCCCCCUCCAAGGGCAAAGUCGCCCGGGAGGUUUCCCUCGAUUCACGGAGUUGAGGAUGCAGUUGGCAUCUCGUGUUCAGGUGCUGCCCGAGCAUCUCGACCGACCGGAACUUCGCAACACUGCUUUGGCAUCCUUCAGGUGGACUCACGAAGGCCGUGCCUCUGGAGCUGUUGCUGAUGAGUCCUUUCGGGAUAGAUACGUGGUUUUCACUACGGAUGCCCACGUCGAAACGAAGCCACUGCCUCUCGGUGCAACGAUCAACGAAGUGGUGGCCGAUUUGCUCGGCUCCAGGCCCCGGAUCAGCAGCGUCCGAUUCUUGCAGAGUCGGCUAGCAGGGCUACCGCCCCUCCAAGUUGUUGCCCGUCAACGAGAGGAUCCGGCAGGCACAUGGGUCACCCCUGUUGACCUGAGACCAGCCCAAGGCCGAAUCUGCACCAUUGCAUUGGCACUGCCGGCAGCCAGCGACCUCCUUGUGGCCCAAUGCAUGCACACGUGCCCCGCAAGUAGGCUGCCGAGCCAGCAUUUUGAGCUUGCUUUGCCAGACGACACCCCCAUGCAAGCCUUGCAGCCACCUCCAGUCAUGCUUGAGUUCCUGAAAGGGCAGCCGCCAGCACCUGCCGCAGCCACAGAACCGGAUGAUGCGGUUGUGCUACUGCAGGGUCCCGUCUUGCAUGCCCCAACAGUGCAAUGUGAGCUGCGCAAGGCCUCCCUUUCGGCAGCCGCCCAGCUACAAGCGCUCAAUCAAACACUCAACUCUCUGCUGCAUGACUCUGAGGCCACUCCCAGGCAGCAAGCUCGACAAAACGACCCUUGCCUCCUGCCCGCCUUGGUUGUCGAAGCUCCCAGGGCUCGUUUUGAUGCAGAUGGUCUGUCUCCGACCGAUGAACAGCGAGCCGAGGCAGCAGAUGUUGUUUACAUCCCGGCUUUUGUCAGGGAGCCCUCUACCUAUGAGCAGCCAGUCACUGAUCACCAGUGGGGACUGACCCUGAGAGGUGCCGAUGGAUCAUACUCGGUUUUCGAUCAUCAGCGCCAUCACACUAUCGAGCGCUGUCCGCUUUUUGCUGACCUCUCGACCAUUGCUGCCCUUGCGAUCAGUAGGUCGCCCUUUCAGGUGCACAGCAUACAAGUCUUAACGGCCCCUCUCGAGGGUUUGCCGCGGCCUCAGCUAGUCUUGGCCGGCCGCCCAAUGAGCUUCCCGUCCCCUGGGAUGUCCGGCUACUUGGAUUGCCGAUUCGUACCUUACGGCAUGUGCAGGGGCAAACUACCGCCUCAGCACUUCGUGAUCUCAGCAAUGCCCUGCCCCCAGGCUCAGAUAUUGAAGGACUUUGGCAGGCCCGAGUGGUGCAUGUGCAUGACUCCCUGGGCCCAGUUGCCCUCGCCCUCCCGGACGAUCUGA